AUGAGCAAAGUCCGUGGUCAGAACAAGGGAGGAACCAAGCCUCAACAACCCGUAGGAUUCCUGGGAGAAGUCAUGCUGAAGAACGGCAGAGAAUUAGGAGAAGAUUCAACGUUUGGUACGGCGAUGGUCGAGAUGGGAGAAUCACUGAGGCAACUUUCUGAAGUCAAGGGCGCCUUCGAUCUGAACGUCAGACAGAACUUCCUGGAUCCCCUGGAUCAUCUCAAGAACAAAGAUCUGAAAGAGAUCAACCACCAUCGGAAGAAGUUACAGGGGCGACGUCUUGAC